AUGAUGCUCUCACGAUCUAUCAUUGCUCAAAUUAUCCAAAUCGAGAUACUAAAUUCUAGCCAUAGUAACAGCGCGGUGAAAGGUUCUCAAAAUACCAAAGUGAGGAAUCCACCAGUAACGAACCCAUCAAAUUGUUGGAGAAAAUCCAAAGUCGCGUCGCACGUCUCCCACGAUGCGACGCUAGCGCGCCCUACCCCAGAUUUCCAGCAACCUACCAAAAGAUUUCGAACCCGACAACCACCAACACCCACGACACCACGCGCCCUCACAACCACCACCAUGGCACCCACACAAGGCAAGCGCAAAUCCCUGCGCGCCAAAGCCAGCAGCGGCAGCAAACCCACCCCCAGCACCAGCGCCCCAACCCCCUCAGGCCCAGUCCUCGACACGCCGUUCACGAACUUCCACGCGACAAAAAAAGACAAGCGCGACAUGAAGCACUCGCUGCUGCUCAGCAAAGUGCAGAAAUCGGCGCCAGGCUCCGGCUCUAAAAAGCGGCGCCGCCCGAACAAGCAACUCGUGACGACGCUGUCGUCGCUCGCAGACGCGCUACCCGAUGCCGCGGACGCUGGGUUCGGCGAUGGCGACGAGGAUGGUGCUGUUGAGGUCGGGCAGGCUGUGAUUCGCCAGCGCAGCUUGAAAAGUAGGCCUGGUGCGUUGAAGAGGAAGGAGAAGCUUGAGCGUGUGGAGCGCGAGCGCUUUGGUCGCAACUUGGCGCUUAUGAGUGCGGGACAGCCGCAGGGCGAGCAGAUGCAGGCGCAGGCGCAGGCGCCUGUGGCGGCGACGACUGGGGAUCGGUGGAAGGCGUUGAGAGGGUUUAUUGAGGGGACGAUGGAGCGGAAGAAGGAGUUUGUGACGGGUUGAGUUGGUGGCGAGGGAUUGACUGGCUGGAUUGUGGCGAGGCUCGUGAUGGCGAGGUCGCUCUGGGAAGCUUGUGUUGCUGCGAAGCAUUUUCUGCUGGAACGUAUGCUUCGUGCAUGGAUACGGCGCAGACGGAUGUCCCUGGGUCCCACUCUUGUGGCUUGGGCAUUGAAGGCUUCAGGACGGCGUAUACGGUAUUGCAGUACAGACACCCAGACAUCAGCAACUGGGAAGCAUAGAC